AUGUACAACGCGGUGGGCGGCAGUACCAUCCACUGGGGUUCCCACUUCCCGCGGUUCCAUCCCUCGGACUUCCGUCUGAAUUCACUGGACGGCGUGGCCGACGACUGGCCGAUGGACUACUUCGAAUUGGAGCCGUACUACGACCAGAACGACCGGAUGCACGGCGUCAGCGGGCUGCGCGGCGACCCGGCUUACCCGCCCAAGCCCGAGCGUCCCACCCCGCCGCUGCCCAUCGGGCCUGGGGGUGAACUGCUGGCCCGGGCGUACAACAAGCUGGGCUGGCACUGGUGGUCGGCGGACAAUGCCGUCGCCUCCGCCGCUUACGACGGUCGCCGGGCAGAUGUGGGCGAGCACCUGCGCUCACCGUCCAGCAGCGACAUCAUCUUCUGGCCUCGCGCGCUCAAGCAGGGGGCUCGCCUGAUCACCCACGCCCGGGUGCGGGAGAUCCUGGUAGAUGAAACCGGUCGCGCCACCGGCGCAGCCUACUACGACCGCAACGGCGACCUCCAGGCGCAGUACGCCAAGGUUGUGGUGCUGGCCUGCAAUGGUAUCGGCACCUCCCGGCUACUGCUCAACUCCAGGAGCGCGCUGUUCCCGGACGGGCUCGCCAACAGCAGCGGGCAGGUGGGGCGCAACCUGAUGCACCACCCUUGCGGCUAUGUCAUGGGCCUCUUUGACGAGGACCUGGGACCGGACGACGGGCCCCGCGGUUCGUCGAUGCUGAGCCAGGAGUUCUACGAAACCGAUCCGCGGCGGGGAUUCGUGCGCGGUUACGACAUGCAGAUUUCCAACGUCGGCGGCGCCCCCCUGCAGGUCGCGCUGGGCGGGUUGGUCGGCCAGCAGGUGGAAUGGGGCGAGGGACACCACCGCGACUUCGCGGAACGGUUCCGGCACCAGAUGGGCAUCGUCAUCAUGACCGAGGACCUGCCCGAAGAGCACAACACGGUCACGCUGGACCCGGCGCUGACGGAUAACCACGGCAUUCCCGCGCCCAAGAUCGAUUACACGGUGAGCGACAACACGUGGGCCAUGCUGGACCACGGCAUCGCCCGCGCCACCGAGGUGCUGGAGGCGGCCGGAGCCAAGCGGGUCGUUUCCUCCCGGUUGCGACGCAACGCCGGCUGGCAUCUGCUGGGCACCGCGCGCAUGGGAUCCGACCCCGACCGCUCGGUGGUGGACCGCUGGGGUCGCGCCCACGACGUGCCCAACCUGUUCAUCAUCGACGGCAGCAUCUUCACCACCGGAGCCUGCAUCAACCCCACCACCACGAUCCAGGCCCUUGCGCUUCGCACCGCCGAUCACCUGAAAGGAGAAGGCUCUUCCGCAAUUUCCUGA